AUGGGGGUGGGAGAGCAUAAUGUUGUCCAAGUUAUGACCGACAACGGUUCUGCAUUUGUCAAAGCUGGAAAAAAGUUAAUGAAGCAUCAUAAUGUGUUUUGGACAUCAUGUGAAGCACAUUGUAUUGAUCUUAUGUUUGAGGCAAUGGGGAAGAAAGAGAAUAUUGCUAAUGUAGUAAAAAUAGCUAGAACAAUCACAAAUUAUAUUUACAAUCACAGUUGGUUGUUGGCAAAGAUGCGUGAAUUUUGCAAAGGAGAAAUUAUUCUUCCAGCUACCACUCGAUUUGCCACCAACUAUAUUGCAUUAGACAACCUACUUAAGAAGAAAGCAGGGUUGAAGCAACUAUUCACUAGUGACGAUUGGGCCAACCACAAUUUCAGCUGCUCAAAUGCAAGUCGUAUGGUGGAAAGUAUAGUGCUUGAUCAUGCUUUUUGCACUCAAUCAGAACAUGUGUGCCAACUGUUUGAACCCUUUUACAAAGUUUUACGGAUCGUUGACACAGAAGUGUAUCCUACUAUGGGGGCAAUAUAUGAGUUGAUGCUUGUAGUGAAGGAGGACUUGGAAAGAAAACAUGGUGCAAGGUGGGUCAUAAAGAUAAUUGAUUACCGAUGGUAUAAAACAUUAUACCACAAUUUGCAUGCGGCAGCAUAUUAUUUGAAUGCUCGAUACCAAUACAGACCCGGUGUUGGAGAUGAUGGUACCCUUAUACGUGCUAUACAUAAUGUAUACUCUAGAUUAGACCCUGCAUCACCAGCAGUUGGCCAAUUUGGAAAUGAGUUAACAUGGUUUAAAGAUGCAAGAAGAACUUUUGGAGAACCAAUAUCAGUUGUUGCUCGAACAAAAAUGUCUCCUACUGAAUGGUGGAUCAUGUAUGGGACUAAUGCACCAACUGUGAGAAAGUUAGCAAUCAAAGUAUUAUCACAAACAGCUUCCUCAUCUGCUUGUGAAAGAAAUUGGAGUACAUUUGCACUCAUACACACAAAGCAAAGAAAUAGGUUGGGUCAUAGUAGGUUGGAAAAAUUAGUUUAUUGCUACUACAACAUGAAGCUUCAAAUUCGAGAUAAAGAAGCAGAAAUAGAUCAUGUCGACCGUGGUGACCCACUAGAUGUGUUUGAUAUUGUUGUUGAAGAUGAUGAUACAGAGGGUAACCAACUUUAUCAAUGGAUUAGACCUCUUCAUUUAGAUGAUGAUGAAGGCAACCCAGCUCUUAGAGUUGCUGAAGAAGCACGUAAUGAAGGGAUAAAUGUAGAAAGAGUAUUGGAGGAGGAGGUGGGAUCUAGCAGCGCUGACUCUUUCAAAGAAAUUUUGCGCCCAAGACCAAGAAACACUGGAAUUCCACCUUCUUCCAAUCCUACACAACCAUAA